AUGCCCACUCAAGUAGACAUUCAGAUAUGCAUGCCGCUUCUCACAACGCCUGUACGAGACCAGAGAGCGACAGCCGCGAGGCAGACCACUAGUGGAUUUGGAAAUGGGAGGAUGCCUCGUGUUCGAAUAAUCCUCUCGCUAAAUAUUCCACCAAUCCCUAUCUCGGUCCGAUUGCAGACUCCACACAAAGAGCAAAUGGGAAAUUUAUACGAUCUGAUCGCGGCCCGAAAACCUUCACAGGAGAUCGAUUACGUUCCAGCACUCCGCAUUAGUCUCGCACAGGAUGCACCUUGGUCUGCCGGGCCAAUGGGUAUGCGGGGCUGGCGAGGAUCUGGAGGAUUAGCUGACCAUCAACCACGCGAGCUGGGAUGCGCGAGGGUGGCGGAUGAGAAUCAGAGCGGGGAAAGAUGCGCAUUGAAAGUAAUCUGCUUCAACGGUGGUUUUCAUGGGGCUCCUCUCGAGAAUGAGUUCUAA